AGAGCCAUUCAAAUUACUUUUGUAAAAUAUACAAGUGUCUCCAAACCCCUAUACUAUUUCACCCUUAAGGCUUGAACAGAAUGUAUUAUAUUUUCAUUGCUUAUGGUGUACUGUAUUGCGUGGGCAGCAUUAGUGUGAGCGGGGAACAACAACAAAAACUGCGCAUUCUCAUAUUUCUCUUCCGAUAAAGUUCCCGAGUCCUGGCGGGCGACUUGACUGAAGUCCACUACUGUGACAUAACGAUUUUUCUAACGUCCUCUUUUACCCGUGACGCUCAGCUGCUAGAUUUUGCAAUCGAACAUUAUGUUCAGGCAGCUCACAUAACGGCGUGAGUUUUUCAGAAUCAAGUGCCGGACUCAUCUAAAAUCAAGAGCUGAAAAGUCCAGUUUCUGUUUCAAGAAAGCAAUGGAGGCAGGGUGUCUGGGGGAGAAGGAUGGGCUUACGUUUUGGCUGGCCAGGCCUGAAGACUAUGAUGAUGUUAUGGCCAUAUCAGAGGACAUAUACUGGGGAAACGAUUAUCUACCCCACCGCUAUCACACGUGGAUGACUGAGCCCGAUAGAGUUGUCAUACUGGCCAGGAGAGAAAGAAAGUUGGUGGCUCUAGAGUCUGGGUUGGUAGUGGAUGGAGGUCAGACGGUUGUGGUGGAGGGACUUAGGGUGUGUCCGACUGAAAGGGGUCGUGGUGUUGCUGGAGUCAUUCAGAGGUUCACUGAACAAUACAUUCUGCAGCUCUACCCUAGUGUGAGGGUCAGACGUCUGACAAGAGGGGACAAUCCAGGACCCGAAAAAUUGUCGAAGUUCAAAGUUCUGGCCAGGAGGGCAAUUCUGUCUCUGCGUGGGAAAGCUGAGAGCUUUGAUGGCUUCAUCUCUCAUCUGAAGGCAAAACUGAAUACUGGAGAGGUAUCAGACGGGGGGUCUGCCCAUGAUUCUGUCGAGCUUGAAUCCAAAAUGAUCACCCUGAUGGACCACCACCAGCUUAAGGCUCUGUUACUAGACCCAGACCUGCCCUCCAGACUCCAACUCCCAGGAGGUGCCAUCAUCCAAGACUGGCAGCCCCUGCAACCCGUUGAAAGCAACCUAGAGGUGUUGAACAGGCGGAACCUCACUUGGUUGGUUGAUGGCUCCAAUGAAAAACCCAUGUUUAUGAGCUUCCACACGCCUCCUUAUCCCAUCCCACUUGACGGUGGGGCUUUUCGCCUAAAUAUCGACCUGUUUGGAACAAUCCCCUUCCUGGCCAAAGCAGCACUGACAGCCCACCUGGAGAAGGUGAGAGGAGAGCUCCAAGGCACGGUGAUCUUCCACGUGUACAUGCACCCGUCCCUGUGGGAAGGAAUGAAGCAGUUCUGUGAGGGGGAUGAAGGAGUAAAACAAUGUAAGGAGUUCUGGGAGCAGUUUUUUCUGGAGGUUAAAGGUUAAUAUGUUGUGUGUGUGUUUAUAUGGUGACGAUGGUGGUGGAGGAUAGUGCACUGCAUAACUAGAAUCGACCUUUAUAUGAGCUGCCUCUGAAAGAACUAAGAGCAAAAAAAAAAUUUGAAGAAUUCAAUCGAUAUUUCUUACAGUACAUACAGUCAAUACAGUAUAAAGUCAACAUAGAAUGGUUUCACAGUCCUAGUACAGUAAUUAAGCAGCUAUGUUCUCAAAUAAAACACAGCCAUGGAACACUAUAGAUUUUUUAUUAUAUCAAAUAAAUUUCAAACAAAACCAAUAUUAAACUGAACAUUGAGUCAAUAUAUAGAUGCCAUAUCCCAUAUGAUUACAAUUACAAAGAUGUAAACCAUGCCAAUUGUAUUUCUGUUCAUAUACAAUACGUCAGUCUUUAUGAUACUGAAAUAAACAAACUGAACAUU